UAAAUCAUCGUUUGCUGACAUACUAGAUAGACUUUAUGUUGUGAAAACUUGAAAUUCUAUUUGUGCUUCUAUCAACUUGGUAUUUUUUGUUAUUAGAAAACAUUUUCUUUGAUAACACAAAUAACAUUUAACGAAAGUAGACCGUAAAGUGUCAACUUGUCACGAAAAUAGACCACAUUGAAAUAGAAGAUACAUAGAUACCAACAUUUUUUGAGGUUAUCACAGAUUUUGUGAAAAUUAUCAAAAAAAAUUUUUAAAUAAUAAUGAUUUUAUUAUUUGGAUGAUAAAUUAUCAAGUCAAGAUGUCAGAGAAUACAGCCAUCAUCGCAGUAUCUGGAAAUCCUUAUAAGAUCGUUGACUGCUCUCGAGAACGAAGAAAAGGAAUAACUGCCUCUUCUUUAGAAGAACUGACCAAUGUAGCAAGAAAUAGACUAUCCCUUCCUGUUGAUGCUGAUUUAACAAUUGUUUUAGAACAAGAUGGAACCGAAGUCGAUGAUGAAGAAUACUUUGCAACACUUGAAAAGAACACAAGUUUAAUGAUACUUCAAGGUAACGAAAAAUGGGCUGCACCUGGUAGCGCGAAGACUCCAUCACGGUACGUAGUGGUUGACAAUAUAGACAAUACUGAUCACCCAUCAGAUGAGAGUACUCGACGCUAUCGAAGUCCUAUUGAACCACUUGUGUCAACGCUCCACGGAGAUCCUUCUCAUAUUUCUCUACUUGGUGGUAACGACCUGGAGUUACUUAGUGACAUGGAUCCAGAUAGUUUAGCUGACAUCGUGCCUGAUAGAUUGUUUUUAGAACAAUUAAAGCAAGCAUCAGGCCGAUUUUUGGCAGAAAAACGUCAAGCCCAAGAGUCAAUGGCACUUCUCCAGAUGUACGCAAGCAGUGGUGAGAUGGAGAGGGCGUAGGCCAUGUGGGGGGUGGGCGCCCUCACAUUGGCCAACAUGUAUCGGGUGAGACGUCGAAUCUUUUAUAAAGGUCGACAGUUUCAACAGACCAUGAUUCUCUUUUGGAAUUGAAGCCCAACCUAUUGAAUUAAAUUAAUGAAUUGAAAAAUUGUUAAAGUAUUGACUGUGUGUCUUAACAUAAAUACUUAUAAACAUCAUUCAGAAUUCGCAAGGAAUUACUGUGAAAUUUAAGACACGAAUGUAAUAGUGAUUUAGAUGUUCGAUUAUAUGUCGAGUGUUAUGGAUAGAUAAUAAUAUACAGAUUAAUGAAAUAUAAAUUAUUGUAGAUAGAGAGUAAAUUUUGGUCAUUUCUAGAAAGCAGAAAUUCUUCUGGAUUAUUUGAAUGAUUGCUAUGACUACAUGAGUCACAGGAUGCACCUCACGGAAUUGUAAAUCGAUGCUCAGUAAAAAAAAUACUAUUUAAAAACGAUUAUUUAAAAUCAAUAAUCGUUUUUAUUGUUUCAAUAAGUAUUCAUGAGUAAUGUCAGUGAUAUGUUUCUCUGUAUAUUGUCAUAAUUAAGUAAUUAUUAAUUAUGUAAUAGUCACGUAGGUUAAUUUAGAAUAGAAAUAUUGUAACAGCAAUAUUUUUAGGUAAAAUUUCUCAUCUUUAUACUCACAUAAAAAUUUGAUACAAGGACAAAUCACUUUUCAAUUUUAAAGUGAGUUAAAGUAUUGAAUUUUUUUAUAUAAAAAUAUUGCUACUUGAAUAAAUAUAAGAACAAUUAAUGAAUGUAGAUAUUACAAAGACUCAAUAACAUUUCAUAAACAAAAUAAAUACGUACAUCCCUAAUGAAAAAUUAUUCAUGUGCACAAUCGUUGAAUUGAGUGAAUUUGUAUCCUUAAAAACUCAUAUUACAUAAAUUAUAGCCAACCAUUGUCAUCACAGUGAAGCUUUAUACUUGAAUGAUCAAUCAACUAACAUUAAUACCCAUUUUAUUUCAAUCAAGAGCAAGUAAAUAAUUUAAGACUGAAUUUGUAGAAAAUAUCACCAUUAGAUCAUCAAGUCAUUAUUAUUCAUAUAAAAUAGUGAUGUAUGAUUCCAUUAUAAUUAAUCGUCCGUGAUGUCAGUUCUUUGAUACCAAAUAAAAAUAUGCAUUUGAUAAAUAAAAGUAUGACAAACCAUGAAUGAAAGUGAUCGAACAAAUAUUUAAAAAAAAAACUUAAAUAAUAUUUAGAAGCUUCUGAUAAAGACUGUGUGCUAAUACCCUGCCCCUUUCCUACAUAUAUAAUUGCUUAAUAAAAUCAUUAUCAU